CUCAAGAUGCUUAAGACGCUUAAUUAAAUUAAGCGUCUUAAACUGCGCGCGUUCGGGGUGCGUUGUCGGGUUGCAUCUAUAACUUCAAGCGACGAUGAAGGCCGGAUACUUUUCACCAGACUGGAGAGCGGUGCUGGCAUGCGUGGCUGUGGUGUGGGUCAUCGACCAAGCAGCCGCCAACUGCGUGGACGAUUCACUUUGCUCGCUGUCCUGCAUUGAACGGCACAUGCAUGACGCCUACUAUUUUGGUGUAGCGGGCCACUGCAAAAAUGGUCGCUGCGUGUGCACCCAUCUGAGUCCCUGCGAACCCAAUCGGUGUGUGGAAGACUGUAAGAAAAAGCACCCGGACAAGUUACACUUGAAGGCGGAGUGUAAAGAGAAAGGCACCUGUAAAUGCUCCUGGAAUUCCAAAUGUGAGGAGACUUGGUGCGAGGCCGAGUGUCGACGAAAGCACGCAGGGAAGCCGCAUCUCCACUCGACGUGCGAAGGGUACACAUGCAUGUGUCGCUGGCACGCAGAUUCUGCAUCAAAUUCAGGUGUCGGCGGUAAUGUGCACACAAUUGUUCCAGAACCAGAUAUGAGUCCCGAUGUACAGAACCGCACAAAGGAACCUUCAGGCGCUGGUAACGCGGCUGAACGCCCUUCUGCUUUUGCAGUACCUUAGUUUGAAGGAGGAGGCGGCGAAGGGGGCUUUCACGAGUGCUUGAGAUGCCACCGAAGGCCUGGUGAAGCGCCAGCUCCGGCUGAGCUUGCGGCGAUGGGCCAAGAGUAUAUUCACCAGGUGCCGCAGACGCCGCACUCUAAACCGUAUCACGCAUAGCUUCACGCUAUAACCCUGUUUCAGCGUUAAAUAGUCGACCUCCUCGUGGACACGUUUUUUUUGGCUGUACCAUAAUUUCGUAUGAGUAUCCCAGAAAUUACGAGUAGUUCACAGGGAUUGGGAGUGAUUAGGGUAUGAAUAAGACAGAUUACACAUAUAAUAAUGGAACAGCAUGCGGAAAUCUUUACAGGGAUUCAGGCCCUGCGGGCCUUUUUGAUUAUAUCAAUAAAACUGCUCGUCACUCUAAUUUACUGAACCAUUCAUUGGUAUAGCUCGUAUUGUUUGUGACUUGUUUGCUCCGCGCUACUCAAUGACUUGCUGUGCUAAAGCGCUUCUCUAGCCGGACCACACACUAAAUAAAAAGGAAUCGGUCAGUUGGAGGCAAAUUCAAACCGGCACGUA